AUGGCAGAUAGCUUUUUGAAGAGAGAACUUGCUCCGAAACGUCUAGCAUUUUGGAUAUUUUGGUUCGGUAGUCACAUUGGCUUGUUUAUAUUUGGCUUCCUCAAGCAAAAAGAUGACGUCGAGCUUAAUAACUUGAAUGUUCUCGGGCUCUCUGUUUGGAGUUCUCGUGGUGCCGGUCUGUGCUUAGCUUACGAUGGUGCUCUUAUCCUGUUGCCCAUGUGUCGGAAUAUUAUAAAGUACUUGCGUGGCAUAAGCUUUAUAAAUAAAGUCAUUCCGUUCGACGAGAACAUCUGGUUUCAUCGUCAAACCGCCUACGCCAUGCUCUUUUUCACUUUGGUACACGUCUUUGCUCAUUAUGUGAAUUUCUGGAGGCUGGAACAAUUACACAAAUUUCAGGC